GUCAGAGCCUGAGGGUUACUGUGCUGCAGACACAUCUUUAUCCGGCUGACCAACUCUGAGAAAGGUCUCAAGACAAAGAUGGAGAAUGUUAAUACAACAGAUACAUAUGGGUCUUGGCAUUAUUAUGAUUACAGUGACUAUAUAAUAUUUGACACACAUGCUGAGCUGAGAUGGUCUGUCAGAAUUAUGUUUCUCAUUGUUUACACCCUGGCCUUUGUUCUUGGUGUGCUCGGGAAUGGAGUGGUUAUCUGGGUGACCGGGUUCAAGAUGAAGAAAACAGUUCACACAGUUUGGUUCCUCAACCUCGCUGUGGCCGACUUCCUCUUCACAGGAUUUCUGCCCCUGAAUGCGGCGUACCUGGCUUUGGAUUUUCACUGGCCUUUUGGCGAGUUCAUGUGCAAACUGAGCAGCACGUUAAUCUCCCUGAACAUGUUUGCCAGUGUCUACAUUCUGAUGAUGAUCAGUGUGGACAGAUGUGUGUCUGUAUUGUGGCCAGUCUGGGCCCAGAACCACAGAAGUGUGCAGAAGGCAUCUUAUGUGAGUCUGAGUGUGUGGAUACUGGCUCUGAUUCUCAGCUCUCGAAUUUUCAUCUUCAACUGCACUGGGUCAUCAUAUCUCCAUGAUGACAGCAUCACCAGCCGCAAACACUUUGCCCUCUAUAAUUACUAUACAACACCUUCUGUGAAUCAGCUGCAGGCGAUGACCAUCACCUUCCUCCUGGCCAUUUUCAGGAGUUGCCUGAACCCACUGCUGUAUGUGCUUGUCGGCCAAGAUUGUAAGAAAAGGGUCUGUAAAUCCAUCCUGAGUGCAAUGGAGACAGCCUUCCAGGAAGAUGUUUCUGACUCUCACACUGAGUCAGUGGACACCAGGCAGAGCACUGAGAUGUCAGCUCUUAAUACUGACGUAUAA